AUGAAGCAAGAGUACCGGUCAGGAGAGGACGAAGAUCCCUUCGGAUCUGAUGUGCCACGCAUAUGCAAUGAUCGUGGGACUGGUGGUAAAGCUGAAGUAGUUGUCGCUACGAAGAAUGUUGCCUUGGGAUCGAUCACUUGGGAUCGUUACCUUUGGAUGAUGAUGAUUAUUAUCAUUGUUGUUAUUGGUAUCAUGAUGGUCAUGAUGCCCUGCAUAACUACCGAACCCAGCUCAGCUCCAGGUCAUCGUCGGCCAAGUUUCAGCCCGCCGGGCGAAUCUGAUGCCAUCCGGCCGCCACCGCGGAGAACCCACGCUUUUACAUUGGAGCCCUUGGGUGGCGCAUCUGCAGGAGACCGCCACCCAACCGUCCGUCAGACCGUCGCAGCCGAGACAUCCUUAAAGCAUAAACCGACGACCACUCAACUGCACUACUUACGUCCAUUUGUAACGCAUUACGCGAACCCGCCAAAGCUGAUGUUGUUGCAGCGGGAACGUCGCGCAAGCAUGGCCACCACACCUUCGGCCGGAGGGGACGGCUGGCUCCUGGACAACGACUUCGAAUAUCUGCACGGGGGCGUCGAUCCAGGAGUCGAGCAGGACUAUGACCGCGUCAUCGACUCCAUAGCGGUCGAGGCCCCUGAGAUGGAGCAUCGGCAAUGGCACGCGCUGGUGCCUCUCGGCGACGACAACAGCAGCGGGUCUGACAACCCUUUGCCGACGCCUUGUGGCACUCAAGGUCGAGAAUCUUCGCCCAACAGAGCCAUGUCUACCCAGUGUCAUAUACUGGACCUCCCCUCCGAGUUGAUCGACCACGUCGUCUCGUUUCUCGCUCCCAUCGACUUGGUGGCCGUCUCCUCGACGUGCCGACUCCUUGCCGAGCAUGCCAAAUCCGAUCUCUCGUGGCUGCGCCAUGUCCAGGACAACAUACCAGGCGUUCGCUUGACCUCCCCCUACCCUUGCGAGACCUACCAACAGCUGUAUAUUGCCCACGAUCCGCACUGGUUCCUCCCUAAAUACAAGAUUUGGUUCUGCGAUUACCUCCUAACGGGCAAGCUGAUUAUUGCCCGAUAUGAUCCGCGACGGGGCUCGAUCGAGGGAUACCCACUCGCCGCGGUGCGGCCCCCGCCGACCUUUGUUUCCUGGGAGUACGACGACGAGGUUUUGAUCCAUGAGUUCAACCCGCAUGUCCGUCUGCACCUGGAUCAGCCGGUUCUUCGGCUCGACGCCCUCUCCUCCGAGUCGUCGAUGGCAUCGUCCGCUCGAACUGGACCAGCCCAUCGAUAUAAUGCCGAGAGGCCCAUGAAGAUCCUCGAGGGGAACCAACGGGGCGUCUUCUCCAACUUCAUCCUCACUCGUCCGGUCCAGGAGCGCAACAGCAUGCAGCUCUGGCCACCGCCCAACAUCCCAGCGAGACAUCGCGUCCGUAAUACAAGUCGGGAGGCCUUUGUAGGAUCAGGACACAAGCCACAGAAGCGCGCGGAGAUGAGCAACCAGGCUUUCCGCAUCAGGAGAUGGAUGGAGAUGGUGGCCGGCUCCAGCACCCCUGGCAUGCAUCUCGGAGAAGAGAUUUAUACCUACGCUACCCUCGAUCCCAAGCUGUACACACCUACGGAGGAGAAACCAUAUCGAGGUAUCUGGGUGGGCGAUUACAGCGGCCACGGAUGCGAGUUCUUGCUGAUGCAUCAGCCUGAUGAUCCGGAGCCGUUUGACGAAGCCAGUCUGGUGCAACGAGAAGACGAGACGCCGGAGGAGUUCAAGACGAGGAAAUUUGAGGAGAAGGUGUUCCGAGGGAGCAUUGAGGCCAUCAAACUGACUGGGGAUCCGAACGUGCCGCGAGGAGAGUACACGUUCAUCUCGGAUGAUAUAUCCCAGGCUGGCUUUAUCCGGAACGCAACGGAGCCGAGAUUCAAAGGUGCGAGGAUCGUGAAGAGUCGCGGUCACAUUGCGGCUAGGAUGUUUAGGAAUGACAAAUACAUCGAGAGCCAGCUGAUCCUGGUCUCGCCCGAUCUGCUGGCUCAAUACUGGGUUGGCUUCGGACACAUCAGCUUUUUCCAACGGGUCGACCUUGAUAGGUUCCUGUCUCCGUUGAAUGAUGUCGAAUGA